AUGCCUGCGUAUCUGUUCGAAAAUAGUUUGAUGCUUCGUGGUGAUGUAAAGGAAUAUUUGGAGAUUGGAGCAGUUAGAUACUUCUUGAAGCAAUCUGAAGACUUAGUCCUAUUUUACACAUACAAUUUAAAGUAUGUCAUCGAGGAGUUAGAUGGUCAAGGAGGCUUUCAACACUUGAAAGUUUUAUCAAUCAUGUGUGACGACAACAUAGAGUAUCUUAUGAAUGGAAUGAAUUGGACUCCUGGUGGUCAACCUGCCUUCCCCAUCUUAAAGUCAGCUACCUUCAACAAUGUUCACAAAUUAAAAUUUGUGUGUUGUGGCAAACUGCUAGACAAGCGCUCCUUUACGAACCUAAGAUCCAUAGCAAUUAACAAUUGUGAUGAGUUAAAAUAUGUAUUUUCAGUAUCCAUAGCACAAAACUUGGUACAACUCCAAAGCUUAACGGUUGAAAAUUGUGCUAAAGUGGAAGAGAUCAUAUCAAAGGAGAGAAUGGAAGAUGAUAAUGCAUCUCACAGGAUAAGUUUCCCAAGAUUAACUUUUUGGAGCUUCAUUUUCUACCAAAGCUCCGUGGUUUCUACACGGGAAACCAACGGGACUCCACCUAUGAGAACAUAA